UGACGAUCCAGAGCUUCGAGCCGAUGCACUUGUCAAUGAGCUCUGCGAACAACAAACACCAGACAAAGCCACAAGCUGUUAGCACUACAGCGCACGCACUAAAGGGGCAAAACAGUCGGCUAGCUGCCGCGAUGCGGACACGCACCGAGCGGCAAGAUGCGGCCUUGGGACAUGGUUGCUUGAGUGUCGGCCGACCAAUUGCUUGCGCUUUGUAUCGGCGCGAGGCUGGCGAUGUGGCGCACACCAAUCUGCCACCAUCAAAUCGCGCUGGCGGGUCAGUCAUUCCGCGAUCGAUUGCCAGCACCAUGGAGACGGACCCAGAGGAGCAGGAGCACUACCGCUCGGUGCUGCUGUCGUUCCGCGAGUACGAGGGCUACAUGAUGCGCGAGAUCUACCGGCGCAAGAAGCACCUGCAGUCCAUGCCCAUCGAGAUGCAGCGCCGCCUGCCGCAGUCCUCCACCAUCCGCAACCUGCACCACUUCGUGAACGCGGCGCACCACAACCAGAGCUUCUUCGAGCGCGUGGUGCAGGCGCAGCUGGAGAACGGGCCGGCCGUCGAGCUUCCCGAGGUCACGCCCAAGACGCCGCUGCAGAGCCCCCCGCGCCACUUCUCCAAGCUCAAGAGCACGCUGCACCAGUUCGUGCGCGACUGGUCCGACGAGGUCGGUUGGUCGCUGUCUUUGGAGCUGCAAUGAUGAGGCGGUAUCUUACUGGCAUUGCUCUUGUGCGUGCCUGUGUAUUUGCUGCAGGGCAAGAAGGAGCGCGACAUGUGCUACACCCCCAUUAUCAAGGAGCUGCGUCGAGUGCUGCCGGUGAAUGUGGACAGCCCGUAAGCAGUUGAGUCAUGUGCUUGAGGCAGCAUGCAAGCGUUGCUGAGUAUUGUUGUUUUGUGGGACAGGACCGAGCGUC